GGCGGGGCGGGGCCCGGAGAGAGGCCUGCGCAGCCGGAGGAGCUGGACGAGAGCGCAGAGAACAGCUAGAGGUCGGUCGGCAUCAAAACUAGGAAAAAUAAGGAGGGAUGGCUGUAGAAGAGCUUCAGUCCAUAAUAAUGAGAUGUCAAAUCCUAGAAGAACAAGACUUUAAAGAAGAAGAUUUUGGCCUAUUUCAGUUAGCAGGCCAAAGAUGCAUAGAUGAAGGGCAUAUAGAGCAGCUAUUAGAAAUUAUUCAAAAUGAAAAGAAUAAGGUCAUUAUCAAGAAUAUGGGCUGGAAUCUUGUUGGUCCUGUUGUUCGAUGUCUUUUGUGGAAUAAGGACGAUGAGAAGAGAAAAUACUAUUUUCUGAUGCUUGAUUUAUUGGUAAAGUUAUGUAAUCCAAAGGAAUUAUUGUUGGGUUUGCUUGAACUGAUUGAAGAGCCCUCUGGAAAACAGAUAUCCCAAAUUAUUCUUCUUUUACUUCAGCCAUUACAAACAGUGAUUCAGAAGCUUCAUAACAACAAGGCAUAUUCAGUGGGAUUAGCAUUGUCCACCCUCUGGAGUCAGCUAUCUCUCCUUCCUGUUCCAUACUCAGAAGAACAAAUACAAACAGAUGACUAUGGCCUUUGUCAGUGUUGCAAAGCGUUAAUAGAGUUCACUAAACCUUUUGUGGAAGAAGUCAUUAAUGACAAAGAAAACUCACUGGAAAAUGAAAAUGAAAAGUUAAAGGAUGAAUUACUGAAAUUUUGUUUCAAAAGCUUGAAAUGCCCUUUGCUGACAGCACAGUUCUUUGAGCAGUCCAAAGAAGCUGGAAAUGAUCCUUUAAGAUGUUUUGCAUCUGAAAUAAUAGGCUUUUUAUCAGCAGUUGGACAUCCUUUCCCCAGAAUGAUUUUUAAUCAUGGAAGGAAAAAGAGGACUUGGGACUAUCUUGAAUUUGAGGAAGAAGAAGACAAACAGUUAGCAGACUCUAUGGCUUCUCUGGCCUAUCUGGUAUUUGUACAGGGCAUCAGUAUUGAUCAGCUUCCAAUGGUCUUAAGCCCAUCGUACCUUUUGCAAUUUAAUAUGGGGCAUAUUGAAGUCUUUUUGCAAAGAACAGAAGAGUCUGUUUUCUCCAAAGGAGUGGAUCUGUUGGAGAAUGGUUUAUUGAGAAUAGAAGACAACAGUCUACUUCACCAGUACUUAGAAAUUAAGAGCUUUCUUACUGUACCUCAGGGCUUAGUCAAAGUAAUGACACUUUGCCCCAUUGAGACAUUGAGAAAAAAGAGUUUAGCUAUGCUUCAACUAUAUAUUAACAAGUUGGAUUCACAAGGCAAAUAUACAUUAUUUAGGUGCUUAUUGAAUACAAGCAAUCAUUCAGGUGUGGAGGCUUUCAUUAUUCAGAAUAUCAAAAAUCAAAUUGAUGUGUCAUUAAAGAGAACACAUAACAAAUGGUUUACAGGCCCACAGCUGAUUUCACUUCUAGAUUUGGUACUCUUUCUCCCAGAGGGUGCUGAAACAGAUUUACUCCAAAACUCAGAUAGGAUAAUGGCGUCAUUAAAUUUAUUGAGAUACUUGGUUAUCAAAGAUAAUGAAAAAGAUAAUCAAACUGGAUUAUGGACAGAACUUGGAAAGAUUGAGAAUAAUUUCUUAAAGCCCCUCCAUACAGGACUUAAUAUGUCAAAAGCACAUUAUGAAGCAGAAAUUAAAAACAGCCAAGAAAAUAGCCAAGAAGUCCAAAAGUCUAAAGAUCUUUGUUCUGUAACUGUAGGUGGAGAAGAGAUCCCUAAUAUGCCUCCUGAAAUGCAGCUUAAGGUCCUACAUUCAGCACUUUUCACAUUUGAUUUGAUUGAAAGUGUUCUGGCUCGAGUAGAAGAACUCAUUGAAAUAAAAACAAAGUCUACCCCUGAAGAAAAUAUUGGGAUAAAGUGAAACCUCCAUUUCCUAAAUAAAAACUAGUAAAAUACUUUA